AUGAUGCAAAGCUCAGCACUCGCCACAGACGGUUCUGUCAAGGGGCUUCCAGAAAUUCUUGGGCUGCCAAUGCAACAGAUCCCCCGCUGCUCUGGAUGUAACGAGCACAUUCUUGAUAAAUUCAUCCUGAAGGUUCUCGAUCGUCACUGGCACAGUGCUUGCCUCAAGUGCUGUGAGUGUCAAGUACCACUGGCGGAACGCUGUUUUUCCCGGGCGGGUAACGUCUAUUGCAAAGAAGACUUCUUCAAACGUUUUGGCACGAAGUGUACCGCCUGCCAACAAGGAAUACCACCGACUCAGGUAGUACGCAAAGCACAGGACUUUGUGUACCAUCUACACUGCUUUUCCUGCAUCAUCUGCAGCCGACAGCUGGCCACGGGAGAUGAGUUCUACCUCAUGGAAGAUGGCCGGCUAGUGUGUAAAGAGGACUAUGAGACAGCCAAACAAAAUGAUGACUCAGAAGGAGGCGCUAAGAGGCCACGCACCACAAUAACAGCCAAACAACUUGAGACGUUAAAAAAUGCCUAUAAAAACUCACCAAAACCAGCACGGCAUGUGAGGGAACAGCUGUCCUCAGAGACCGGGCUGGACAUGCGAGUAGUGCAGGUUUGGUUCCAGAACCGUCGUGCAAAGGAAAAGCGCCUGAAGAAAGAUGCAGGGCGCCAACGCUGGGGUCAGUUCUACAAGAGUGUGAGGAAAUCUCGGGUGGGAAAGCCCGGCAAGGAGAGCUCUGCAGAGGACUGUGGUGUUAGUGACAGUGAGCUCAGCUACAGAGAUGAUCAGAUACUUUCUGAACUAGGAUCCAGUGCCAGCAUUUACAGCGCAGGAGGAGAUCUUGUAGGUGUCCCUCUAGUCAAUGGGGGAUUCACGAUGGAUGGGACAGGACAGUCCUACCAGGACCUUCACGAUGGUAGCCCCUAUGAGAUUCCACAAUCACCUUCUUCUAUUUCAUCCCUCCCUUCCCAUGGGCUUCCGUACAGUAUGGACACUGCUGGGCUUCUGAACCACCCACCACUCAGGGCGCCGCCAGCCGCUCCCACCUCUGACAUUUCAACAGGGAGCAGCAUGGGUUAUCCAGACUUUCCCACCAGCCCUGGGUCAUGGCUGGAUGAGAUGGACCACCCCACAUUUUAAAUGAGACUGGUGUCCCACUUACUAGAUGAUCACCGAGUUUGCCAAUCUCUGCAGAAACCAUAAUCAGCCUUUGGAAAUCCACAAAAAACACAUGCUCCCCACUAUAGGACAAUCCUGCAGAACCUGUUGGGAACCCAACUGUAUUAAUGUUGGAACUGCUGAGGAAAUGGUUAAAACUCUGAAAGACAAUGAUCAACAACACAGUUUAUUGAUAAACUGGAAAUGUUUGCACUUUUGUGGGCUGUGAACCCCCUAUCUAAUCCUGGGGAUUUAAUCAUACUUCCCACACACCAUAACUCCGAAGGAGUCAUGUUACAUCUGUUAAUCAAUAUUUGUGUUGUAUUGCAGCGUGAGGACAUCAGGUGGAUACUUUCUGUGAGAUCUUUUUGAUUCUGUGCUCUUCUGGAAAGGUGUAGGGCACCUUGUAGAUGCAACUGACAAUCUGUUCCAUGACAAUACAGAAUUUGCCUGAUGUGGUAGGGCAGUAGAUGUAUAAGUCAAAC